AACCAAUUUGAACAACAGCCCGUCUUGUGUUAAUAAUGGCGGCUUUUGUCAAGAUCUUCUCUAAAUAUUAUUUUUAACGCAUGCGCAUUUCAUCAAUACUGUGUUAGCUUCCGGGCAAAAUUAUUUUUCCAAAUAAAAAAUAAAGGCGAAGAUUAAGCAAUGCAGAAGGAAGAGAAGCAAUUGGAAUUGUCCCUAGAGUCAAUGAUUCAGAGAGUGAGUGAGUUGAAGAAUUCUAUUGGUGCACUCAUCUUCAAGCUUGAACACGAGUAUGAGACUCUCAAUUGGCCAUCUCUACUGGAUAACUUUGCUCUGUUAUCAGGACAGUUAAACUCCCUGUCCCGAGUGUUGAAGAGUGAUAAAAUGCCGUCCCUAAAGAGCCAGUUGAUACUUCCUAUAGAACUCAGUCCUGAACCAUGUGAAAAUCUUGGGAAAUUGACAGAGGGACGAGUGAUGAUGUUUAAUCAUGAAAUUGCCCCCAAUUACUUGAGAACAAAACUGGAACCAGAUGUGGAGGAGAAGACUCAACAACUUACAAACAAGGCCCAGCAGGUGACCCAAGAUUUAGCUACAAAACAAUUGAACAAUUUGAAUAAAGUGACUAGUAAUCUUCUAGAUAUCAUAAACUCAACUAGAGAAGAGUGGGAGAAUGAUUCUAGUCACAAGAAUAGUCAGCCACAAACAUCUUCAGUUGCUGAUAGAGACACGCUGGUCAGUGCUUCAUUGCACGGGAAAAACUUGAAAACAAAUCGAGGCCGACUAUCAGAAUCACCUCAAGCAGGAAUGUCACAACAGAAAAUGCAGAAUCCUACUAUGGCUAAAGCUCAAAGUUCGAUAAAAACGCAGAUAAAAGUUGCAACAUCUGGGCACCCUUACACACGACCUUGAAAUGACCUUGAAUCUUGCUGUGGAGUAAUGAUUGACUUCCUAGGUUAUUGUCUAGCUUACCUGAGGGACAUUUAUCGGUGAUGGAGAUGUACAUUUUGUCAUUUUGGACACCUCAAAAUACGAUUUUCAUCAUUUUGCAGACAUAAUUAGACAGAUGAAGAGAUAUAUUUAUAUAAUUUGUGGAAAUUAUUCGAGUGUUGUAUCUUUAUAGACCCGAAUAUAUCUGGCUGUAAGGUGUUUCCAAGUUUUUUCAUGCAAUAAACAGUUCCCAGAGAGUUAAGUGUUCCUGUAUGUGAUGACAGCAAGUUUUAGAUUCUUAUUCUUGCAUAUUGUAUAUUGAAUUGUUAUUAAAAAAGACGGUGAGGGAAGUAAUGUUAUCCAAAGCAUGCAACUCAUUCCUAAAGGCGGUGGAAAUAGCAACAUUUCAAAUAACUUGACUCAUCUUAUAUGGCAGUUUAGCAUGUCAUUUUCCACCACUUGUUAAAACAUUAAAAAAUCUAGUAUUUUAUGAGAGAAAAUAUUUUAUUUAUUAGAGCUGUGAGCUGAAAUUUAUUGAUCAUACUGUUUUGCAUCUGAGGGAUACAUUGUCUGUGUAAAAUAAAGAAUAGUUUCAAAUUUA